GAGUGCACGACAGUAUCCAGGGGAUGGCUGAAAGCAGUGAUCAAGAAAGUCGCUGCAUAUUUUGCAAGAUAGUGAGAGGAGAGACGGACACAGAGCUACUCUACGAAGACCAGGACUAUGUCUGCUUUAGAGACAUACGCCCAGACGCUGAACAUCAUUACCAGGUCAUCCCAAAGACUCAUUUGCCCAGUGUAAAACACCUGGACUCAGAACACGUACCUGUGAUACAGAAACUGGAAGAAAUAGGAAAGAUUGUUUUGCAAGAGAGGGUUCCUGGCUGUGAUCAGAAUGAUGCUAGGAUGGGGUUUCAUUGGCCGCCAUUCUCGUCCAUUCCUCAUCUGCAUAUGCACGUGCUGGCCCCUGUCUCAAGUAUGGGAUUCAUUAAAAGGAACCUUAUCUUUCGUAAAGACUCAAUGGCUUUUGUGUCUGUCGAAUGGACACUAAACAAUCUUAAGGAAAAGAAAAAUUAAUAAAAAUAUCAAUAAUGUUUUAUUUUUAUUGUGAGUAUUAGAUUUGCACCGUAUUUAGAAUUUUAGAUCUAAUUGUUCGUUUUUAUUGUGAAA